CCGAACGUCACUCAGGGCACGCGCGACCCCUCUGCGGACCUAGCAUCAGCCUUAUACUCUAAUACAGUCACUUCAGCCGGAAUAUUCAACUGGAGCAAGAAUGACCGACCGAGAAGAAACAGAAGACAGACAGACAGACAGAGCGGAGUUUUCCUCGGAACAGAGAUGCAGACGCCGGUGUCUGAUGCAGCUCACGGACACUUGGUCUCGCGAGGUUCCAAGUUUCGCGUUCUUGUUGGAGUCACCGGCAGUGUCGCGGCCCUGAAACUGCCCUUGCUCGUGUCCCGCCUCCUGGAGCUGCCCGAGGUGGAGGUCCAAGUGGUCACCACUACUCAUGCUAUGCACUUUUACAGACCUGAAGACAUUUCUGUGAGAGUCUACAGUGACAAGGAUGAAUGGGAGAUGUGGACGCAGCGCUCCGAUCCUGUGCUACACGUGGAGCUGAGGCGCUGGGCCCACCUGUUUCUUAUUGCACCCCUAGAUGCCAACACUCUGGCCAAGAUUGCCAACGGGAUCUGUGAUAACCUCCUGACCUGUGUGGUGCGAGCCUGGAACCUGGACCGGCCAUUACUGUUCUGUCCUGCCAUGAACACAGCCAUGUGGCAGCACCCUAUUACUGCCACACAGAUUGCUGUGCUCAAGGGCUUUGGAUACAUUGAGGUGCCAUGUAUCAUCAAGAAGCUUGUGUGUGGGGAUGAAGGUAAAGGAGCCAUGGCAGAAGUUUCCACGAUUGUAGACUUUGUCAAGGAGUACCUUCAAAGGUCAACUGUCAAGGAAUAAAAGUAGAAAUUGAAACUGUUUGUUCAAUAGCUCUUCCAUGUUUGAUCUCACUAAGAUCUCAAAGAUCUGAUUUUAGACCUCCUGCACAAUAGCAACACAUUGGACCAAGAACAAGUUCUCUGCCCUCAGCUAAACAUAGGUAAGACUUGGAAGGUGCUUGUAACUGGUAACACUGCUUUAGAAUGGUGCAGUUCCUAACCAUUAAUCCCCAGUUUUGUCAGUGGAAU